UUGUUUAGUUUAAAAGCCCAGGCUUUAGGUAGAAUAGUGGCGAGGUAUUGUUUCCCUGUGAACUACUGAGUGUUUGUAUUCUGAUUACUGGUAUUCUGUUUUUGACCACUGCUUUGUUUAUCUGGAUUCUGUCUUUUUGCCUAACCCUUCUGGUACUUUUGCCCAUCUUGACUGAUCUGUGUUUUGGAACCCUUUUGCCUGUUAUUUGGAUUACAUUUUUUGCCCUGCCCUCAUUGGUUUGUUCGCUUGGUGUUAUGAUCACCUUUCUUUUGUGUUUUUUGGACUUGACCCACGCCUGUUACUCGACCAUGUUUUUGCCUUGUGUGAUUAAAACUGCUGUGAUCUUUUCAAUCCGCGAGCGUCUGGUUUCUGUCAGAGCGUUACAGAAUACCUCGCCUCCCAUGCAGACGGCAGAUCCGGAAGCCUUACAAAAGGCUCUGAACGAGCAGGGACAACUCCUGGGUCGCCAUCAGCAGAAUCUGACCGGAGUGAUUCACUCCUUAGAGUCAUUAGCUCACCAACAGGCAGAACAACAAGCCCAGCUGGCUCAACUUGUUGCUAGUGUGCAGGGAUUGACGGGCCAACUCCAAACCAUGAGGCUCACGGAACCUGCAGUCAGCCCUGAUCUACCCACGACAGCCGCCCCAUCAUCUACCACGGUUUUUCCGCCAUCCCUAGUGCUUUUCAGACUGCUGAAGCCCUUUUCCAGCAUGUAUUCAGAGUGUUUGGUAUCCCAGAAGAUAUCGUAUCGGACAGGGGACCUCAAUUCACAUCACAGGUUACCAACCACCGUUAGCACCCUAGACCGGAUCUCAAACCGAGGUACCGGCCGUGGACUCAUGGAUGACAUGGAGUGAACAAGUCUGGGAGGAGACACACCAGCGCAUAGAAUCGGUUCUGCUACGUCAUAAGGAACAAGUAGAUCGAAACCGAGGACCAACCCUCAUAUUCCAGCCUGGGAACCGAGUAUGGUUGGCCACAAGAGACUUCUGUAACUCUGAGGGAAGUUGUAAAAAACUUCAGCCUAAGUAUAUUGGACCUUUCAAAGUUUUGAGACGAAUUAAUGAUGUAACCUACAGAUUGUAACCUACCCUGUUGUUGCAGGGCCCUUGGAUGAGGCUACACCGGACGUCACGCCACCCCUACCAGAAGAGCUAGAUGGGGCUCCAGUCUAUGCUGUCCGUAGGUUGCUGGACUCCAGACGACGAGGCGGGAUCCUCCACUAUCUAGUGGAUUGGGAGGGGUACGGCCUGGAGGAGCAAUGUUGGGUGCCAGCGAAAGAUGUAUUAGACCCUGGUCUCAUUGCGGAUUUCCACAACCAGCACCUGGAGAAGCCAGCUCCUUGUCCCAGGGGCCGCCCACGUAAGAGGCUCACUAGCUCUCUUCGUGCCCAUCUGCGGGAUCCUUGUGAAGAGAACCCGUCUCUCCAGCACCUCGGCAGCUCUGGAUCCACCCCCGUUUGGAGGUCCAAUGGUGUGCGUGGCGGUCGUCCAGGUCGCCCUCGUUCCGAGGCCCACCCGGACUCUUUGAGGGGGGGUACUGUCACGCAUUCGGCAAGCUGUCAAAAGGAAACGGACUCCAUCUCCCAGAAUCCCGCGGGAGAUCACGUCACUUCCUUCAGAGUCGGAGGCAGACAUGGACUCCAUUACCCAGAGUUCUUGGGGAACUCACGUGAUCUCUGACUCGUGGACACGCUCCUAUCACAGAUCCCAAUCUCCUGAAUACUAAUGUGUCGCACCUGUGUAUUUUGUCAUAUGACUCGUGUUGUUUAGUUUAAAAGCCCGGGCUUUAGGUAGAAUAGUUGCGAGGUAUUGAACUACUGAGCGUUUGUAUUCUGAUUACCGGUAUUCUGUUUUUGACCACUGCUUUGUUUAUCUGACUUUUGGCCUAACCCUUCUGGUACUUUUGCCUGUCUUGACUGAUCUGUGUUUUGGAACUCUUUUGCCUGUUAUUUGGAUUACGUUUUUUGCCCUGCCCUCAUUGGUUUGUUCGCUUGGUGUUAUGAUCACCUUUCUUUUGUGUUUUUUGGACUUGACCCACGCCUGUUACUCGACCACGUUUUUGCCUUGUGUGAUUUAAAACUGCUGUGAUCUUUUCAAUCCGCGAGCAUCUGGUUUCUGUCAGAGCAUUAGACAUAUGAGAUAAAGACACUCUUGUGAACAGCUUUUGUUAAAUGGACACAGCAGGAACUUGGAGUUAAAGUGGCAGUAAGGUACACAAAAGUGGACAAAUUAAACACUGAUAGAUUUGAUAUUAUACUUAGUUUUGGAGGUUCUUGUGUACUCUUCUGUAAAAUUUGCUUCUUGCUUUUUUUUUGACACCAAAAAAUGAAUAAUUUACAAUACAAUUGAAAGGGUGGUCUCUGACUUUUGCACAGUACUGUAUGUCAAUGGUUUGAUCGUAGCUGAUAGCAGGCAGUUACUGUCAUUGCAUUGUGUUGCUACAGGAUUGCAAAUAAAUAAAUAAGAUUUAUAUUGCUUCUUAUUUCAUAACAAAAAGAGCUGCUAGCCUCUGAAAGAAAACACUAUAGUUUAUGGGUACAGUUAUAGUUUAUGCUCUCAUUUGAGAAUAAAAUAGGCUGCUGUAGUUUUUCACUUGACAUUCUGUGGCAACAGACACCCUAUUUUCUAUAGAGCUUGCAUAAAGUAUUUGCUCUGGUAAUGUAUGUGUACCUGAGGAGCUCCUGCGUCUCCUCGAUGAAGUUCCUCUCAGGAUGGUUGUUUUUGAUGAGCCUGUGAGCAAGUUCU